AUGUUUAAUCUUGGUGAAAAGAUUGCCAAAAAAUCCAUCGCAAUUAACCUUGAACAGCAACCCAGCUGUGGCUAUAAAACCCUAGUCUCUAGGGUUCUCCCUAUAGUUUUCUCACAACUUGAAUGUGGGUUUAAUUCGCAAUUUUUGAUGAUCAUGAAGAACUUAGUAAUGAUCUUUUUUGCCCUGGUGUUGUUUUUGGCAACCGUGGAAGUUGAUGGAAAAAGUUUCAGCGGCCCGGACCCUAAGCCCUUAAGUAAUCAGCAGGCAACUACCAGCAGUCUGGAUCGAAAAGCUGACGUUGAAGCUAGAGAAGCAAAAGAUUCAACUGCAAACGCUGCAACUGAUGCAAGCCUUGCUGUUGCUGCUUACCAGGAAGAUGGUAAGCUCUUAAGUGAUCAGCAGGCAACUACCAGCGGUCUGGGUCGAAAAGCUGACGUUGAAGCUAGAGAAGCUAAAGAUUCAACUGCGAACGCUGCAACUGCUGCAAGCCUCACUGUUGCCGCUUCCCAGGAAGAUCGUAAGCUCUUAAGUGAUCAGCUGGCAACUACCAGGAAUCUGGGUCGAAAAGCUGACGUUGGAGCUAGAGUCAGAGAAGCUAAAGAUUCAACUGAAAACGCUGCAACUGCUGAAAGCCUUGCUGUUGCUGCUUCCCAGGAAGAUGGUGAUACUAACCCGACUUUCGGACACUACGGAUCUGAUAAUGGUCCAAGCGACAUCUGGAACCACCAUGUCUAUACAACUGGGGACAAUCCUUAUGCUCCGAAGCCCAAAAAAUCACCAUAAUUCGCAAAUUUGAAGCUUGGAAACUGAUAGAGCCAUUUGUAAGUUAUAUGGCGUGCCCUGAGAAUAAAAAUGGAAUAAUUAACAUGUUAGAAAGAGCCAAAUAUUGGCACAUGUUAAUUAAGUUUCCUAAAAGAAGCCACUUUCAAUGGAGAUUUGCAUAUGAUGAAAAUCUGGCUUUGCAGCUAAUUAUCGAGGCCUGUGUAUUUUACUAUUAUCUAGCUUUUGCAAUGCAAUAAAAGACAAGUUAAUAACCA